UCAAGGCAUAGAAAACAACCAAACAGAUUUUCGAUUGUGGGGAUGGUUGCACUCAAAAGUCAAGUAGCAGAAUUUUGAAACCAAGCUCACUUUUAAUGGUUGAGGAAGUUGAAUUACACUACACUACUCUAGUGGGAAUGGGGUUCAUCUCAAGGAAGAUCUUCCCAGCGUGUUGCAGAAUGUGUGUUUGCUGUCCUGCAUUGAGGUCAAGUUCACGCCAGCCAGUCAAACGUUACAGAAAACUCCUUGCUGACAUCUUCCCCAAAUCCCCUGAUGAGCCCCCAAGUGAAAGGAAGAUUGCCAAAUUGUGUGAAUAUGCUGCAAAAAAUCCUUUUCGGAUUCCAAAGAUAGCAAAAUAUCUUGAAGAAAGGUGCUACAAGGAGCUCCGAUCUGAGCACAUCAAACUUGUGAAUAUUGUAGCUGAAGCUUUCAACAAGUUGAUUUCUCAUUGUAAGGUGCAAAUAGCAUACUUUGCUGUUGAUGUGCUUAAUGUGGUUUCUGAGCUUUUGGGCUAUUCCAAGCAUGAUGCUAUUCAAAUACUUGGGUGCCAAACUCUAACAAGUUUCAUCUACAGUCAGGUGGAUGCCACUUAUGCUCGUAGCGUUGAAAAGUUAGUAAGAAAGGUAUGCAUGCUAUCGAGGGAGCAUGGUAAAACAAAUGAGAAUCGCUGCUUGAGGGCAUCAAGCUUGCAAUGCCUUUCGGCAAUGGUUUGGUUCAUGGCUGAGUUUUCACAUAUUUUUGUUGAUUUUGAUGAGAUCAUUCGCACCACUUUAGAUAACUAUAUGCAGGACAGGCAAAGUGAAGAUGCUGAUCUUAGAGAAGGGCCUCAUCAUAAUUGGGUAGAUGAAGUUGUGCAGUGUGAAGGCCGGGGUGGUUUAGUUGUUGGUAAUGACACUCGCUCUAGGUGCUUGAUCAUCUGGCAGCAGCUAGAAAUAAAGGAUCCUUCCAUGUUGACAGGAGAAGAAAUGGGAAAACCUGAAAUAUGGGCUCAGAUAUGCAUUCAGAGACUGGUUGAAUUAGCCAAGGAAAGUACCACAAUGUGUCGUGUAUUGGAUCCAAUGUUUCUUUACUUUGAUUUCGGACGACAUUGGUCUCCUCCAAAAGGGUUAGCAAUAAUGGUUUUGUCUAGCAUGGCCUAUUUCAUGGAGAAUUCAGGGAAUCAGCAGUUGAUUCUAGCUUCUGUCAUACGUCAUCUGGACCACAAAAAUGUCUUACAUGAUCCCCACCUUAAAGCUAGCAUUAUUCAAGUUGCCACAUCUUUGGCUGUGCAAAUUAGAACUGGGAGAGGGUUGGUAGAAUUUGGUUUUGUUGAUGACCUUUGCAGGCAUCUUAGAAAAAGCCUUCAAGCCUCUGGGGAAUUUGUUGGAGAGCAAGAGCUGAACUCAAAUAUCUUGCUCCAAAUCUCCAUUGAGGAAUGCUUACUAGAAUUUUUCAAGUGAGUCUCUGAUGUACGGCCACUGCUCGACUUAAUAGCCAUAACCUUAGAAAAUUUGCCGUCUGGUGUUCUUGCUAGAGCAAGCAUUGGAUCACUUAUAAUCCUUGCUCGAGUGGUCACUGUAGUAUUGCCAUCUUUGCAUUCACACCAGACAUUUUCAGAAGUGCUUCUUAUGCAACUCAUAAAAGCAAUGCUGCAUUCAGAUCUGGAGACUUCAGUUGAAGCACACCAGAUUUUUGCUUUAAUUCUUUUUCCAAAUUCUUUCCAUUCACAUUUAGUGCCUUCACGGUCUAGAUCUCUGCACAAUAAAAGGCCUUCCCACAGUACAUCUGCAUCUGCAUCAAUUUCAGCUUUAAUGGAAAAGCUUCGCAGUGGCAGAGACAGCGCCAACCUAGAGAAUCAUGGCGACAUUGUUGAUGAUGGAUGCAGAGAAAGAGGCAUUGUGGAAGAAGACCGGAACCAGCAGGGCCGUGGCUCUAAGAUUUCUCCCAACUUUUACAAGCUUAAAUCUGUCAUUGAUAGCACUAGUUUGACUGAGUCUGAACCAUAUAUUAUGGAGCUAAGUGAAGAUCAAAUGGCACAGUUACUUUCUGCCUUUUGGAUUCAAGCCAAUCUUCCUGACAAUUUGCCUUCAAAGUUUGAAGCUAUAGCUCACUCUUUCAUGUUAACACUAACUGUUUUACGCAUAAAGAACCUUAAAGAUAAUCUGUUGGUCCGCUUCUUCCAACUUCCACUUUCUCUCUGGAGUAUGUUGUUGGACCCAGGAAUGUUGCCCCCAGCAUGUCAGAGGUCUAUCUUUGUAUUCUCUGCAGGCAUGUUGAUGUUUGCCUGCAAAUUAUAUCAGAUUCAUGAUCUGCAUGAUAUGUUCACAUCAUUAGCAAUAUCUGAAGUUGAUCCAUUCAUGGGAAUCAGUGAUUAUCUUCAAGUAUGUGCUAAGAUGGAUGUGGAUGUGAAAGGAUAUGGCACUGCUGCUGAUAAUCAGAUGGCAAUAUCGGUAUUAUCUGUGUUACGGAACAAAAUACCAGAAUAUCUCCAGACUACAAAAAAUGUUUUGGUUCAGAAUUUGACUAGCAUCACUGAGCUGGAUGCAGAUCACCUGGACACCCUACUGUCAGAGGCAUUCAGGCCUGAUGAAGAAUUCAUGUUUGGUCCACAAUGGGUUCUUGAUAACAAUCAAAUGAUUUUGCAUUCCAAGGAGUCAAUGUCACUAGAUGGGGAUGUUCUAUCAAGUUCAGCAGUUGAAGAUGACUCAAUAAGUGAAGCAUCUGUUUCCGAAUUCUCUCGAUCUAUUCCAAAGAUGCCUGCGUCACCUUCAUUACUUCGUGUUAUCAGCGUUGGACGGCUUAUGGAAUCGGCUCUAGAGGUAGCUGGUCAAGUUGCAGGGACUGUUGUCUCGGCUUCUCCUCUCCCAUACAGCGCCAUGGCUAACCAGUGCGAGGCCAUUGGUACUGGCACAAGGAAGAAGCUCUCAAGUUGGCUGGCCUAUGAUUAUAGUCAAGCAGCUGAUAAAUCACUGCUCAAAGUUUCUGAUAAUAGUAAUAGAGAUUCCUUGGUCAUGAAGCUACCUCCAGCCAGCCC